UUUUUUUGUCCCCCCAUAACUUACGUCUCCAUAAUCCGCUGCCGCUACUGCAACACCACCUCAAGCUCAUACUUCAACAACGGCAUCUCCAACCUCCAGCCGAGCCAACCUCUUUGUCUCUUUUUUUACCUAAAAACUCUAAGAGAUUCCCGAUCUUCUAGUGACCCUAUUCUGUUUCCUUUCUUCCCCUCUUCUCCUCCUCUCUUGCCUUACCGAUCAUCUUCCUGACCCCUCCUCUCCUCAAACUUUUUUUCUAAACACCCCACAUUCCCCAUUACUGAUUCGAUAUGGGCGGCGUUGUCUCUGCAUUCUCUAGUAGUAGCGGUGAAGACUCCGUCGCAGCGCGACAAGCUCUCGAGAAGCAACUUGCCGACAGGGAAGAAACCAUCGCCGUCCUCGAGGAAGACCUCUCAAAGAAGGAGAAGGAAUGCACAACAGUAUCCAAAGAUGCUGAGGAUUUGAGGGAAAAGAUCAAGGAGCUCGAGGCUCAGUCUUCUCUUGCCCUUGAUGAGACUCACGCCCGUAUCGCCAUCUUGCAGGAAGAGUUGAAGAAGGGCGGUGACUCCUCCUCCGAGCAGCUCCGAUCUACCAAGGAGUCUGCUGAGAAGAACGCCAAGGAGCUCGAGGAUGCUAAGACCAGCCUGACUGCUACCGAAGAGAAGCUCAAGGGUCUGGAGCAGGAGAGGCAAUCCAUUGCCGAUGAGCUCGCCAGCCUCAAGGCAGAGCUUGCUGAGGCCAAGGAGGCCCGCGAGGCCCUCGAGGCUGCUCUCACCAAGGAGAUUGCUACUCUCAAGACACAGAUCUCCGAGGCCGAGGAGAAGCAUCAGACUCUUACCAAGGCCCACAGCACACUUGAGGAAGAGCUUGCUGCCGCUUCCAGCGCCGCUGAGCAAGGCAAGCAGGCUCUGACCGGUUCCGAAGACAAGUUCACCACCCUACAAUCCAGCCACGCCAAGCUCGAGACCGACCUGGCCGCCGCCGUCACUGCCCUCGACGAGCAGAAGAAGGCCUUGGCCGGUUCCGAGGAGAAGUACGCCGCUCUCCAAGAGACACUCGACAAGCUCCAGGAGCAGUCCGACUCCCAGAUCGCUACUGCCAAGAAGGACCUCGCCGAGGCUCAAGAGAAGACAAAUGCUCUCCAACAAACACACAACAAGCACAAGGCCGACUCUGAGAACGAGUUGUCUGAACUCAAGAAGCAGCUCUCUGAGCUUGGUGACCUCCAGACAAAGUACGCUACUCUCGAGGAGACCAAUAAGUCUCUUGAGAAGGAGCUUGCUGAGCUCAAGGAGAAGGUUGCUGACCUCGAGAAGACCAAUGAGUCUCUCAAGAGCAACUCUUCUUCCGAGCUUGUCGCGGCUCAAAAGGAUGCUGCUGAGUGGAAGGAGAAGCACGGUUCUCUUCAGUCUACACAUGAUGGUCUGUCCAAGGACCUUGAGACUGCUAAGAAGGAUCUUGCUGCUGCCGAGGAGGCCCAGAAGAAGCUUACCGAGGACCACACCGCUGCCUUGACCAAGGCUCAGGGUGACUCAUCUGCUGAAUUGGAGAAGAUCAAGAAGGAGGCUGCCGACCUUGAGGCCAAGCUCAAGUCUACUACCGACGAGCACGACGCCCUCAAGAAGGAACGUGAUGAGCAAGCUGAGAAGCUCAAGACCGUCACCAGCGACCACGAGGCCAUCCAGAAGAAGCAGGAGGAAACCGAGGCUAAGCUCAAGGCUGCCAAUGAGGAGCGCGAGUCUGUCGAGAAGCAGCUCAACGAGAAGACAUCAAAGCUUGCCGAGCUCGAGAAGGAAAUCGAGGAGGCCAAGGCCCAGGUUGCCAAGGCCGAGGAAGACCUGAAGGCUUCCCAAGCGGAGAAGAAGGAGCUUGAGGCCAGGAUCGCCGAUCUUGAGUCCAGCGCCAAGAACUCCCAGGAGUCUGAGUCUGGUUUGAACGCCAAGCUCAAGGAGGCUGAGGACAAGGUCAAGAGCCUCGAGUCUGAUGCCGCCAAGGCUAAGGAGUCUGAAUCUUCACUGAAGUCCAAGGCCGAGGAGGCCGAGGCUAAGGCCAAGGAGACUGAAGCGUCAUUGAAGUCUAAGGCUGAUGAGGCCGAGGCUAAGGUUGCUGCCCUCGAGGCUGACGCAAAGAAGGCUCAAGAUUCCGAGUCUGCUCUUAAGAAGCAGCUCGAGGAAGCCCAGGCUGCUACCGAAUCUGAGAAGAAGUCUUCCGCCGAUAAGACCAAGUCCCUUGAGGACGAACUCAAGGAGCUCAAGGAGAAGUUCGCCAAGUCUGAGGAGGCCGCUAAGAAGGUCGAAGCUCUUGAGAAGGAGAAGGCCGAUGCCGUCGCCAAGGCUGAGUCCCUGCAGAAGGAGGCAGAUGAAAAGACCAAGACCCUGGAGGCCGAGAAGAAGGCCGCUGAGGAGAAGGCUGCUGCUCUGGAGAAGGAGAAGGCCGAUGCCGAGGAGAAAACAAAGACAGCACAGUCCGCCUUCAGCAACGCCCUUGAGAAGGUCAAGACCAUCCAGGGCGAGAAGAAGGAGGCUCUCGAGAAGGUCAAGGCCCUCGAGGCCGAGGUCAAGGAGCUCAAGGAGAAGAGCGCCACAACCAACGGCACAUCUGAGGCUUGAGGGAAAGGGAUUUCUUUGUCAAAUGGGAAGGGAUAAUGCUGCUGAUGAGACCAAAAAGUGUUUGUUAUACGAUCUGUGACGCUGGAUGAACUGAAAUGUCUGAUUCAUAUCACGGGAAACGAAGGAGUGGACUUAUGCGUCUUUGAUGAACUCGAUACCCAAAUAAAUAGUUUUUAGAAGAGCGUAAUUUAGAUGAGCGUCUAUGCCACUCUUUUUCAUGCCAACUUCGUUUUCCC